CGCACGGACCGCCAUGGCUCAUAAGCGAUGGGUCGACCAGAUGUCCAGCUCGUCUCGCUUUCGUGCCCCCGCAGAGGACAGCCAUGUCUGCUUCAGCAGCUUCACCGUCCAUCUCCAGCCACAGCGGCGCCGCCGACAAACGCCCGUCCUCAGAGUCAAUUCCAGAGAAGAGGGCCGAGGUGACGUCCGAUGCAGGGUUCCAAGCAGAGCUCCAGGCCGCCGCACCGCUCCUGCGUGGCCGCACGCUGACAGCGGCUCUCGCUUUCGUCGCAGGCACAGGCUUCACGUUGUUUGGAUAUGAUCAAGGUGUAAUGUCCGCCCUUCUCAGCGCACAGCAGUUCGAGAAGGUAUUCCCUCAGGUGGUUGUAGAUGGCCAUUCGAAUCAUGCGACGCUUCAGAGUUUUGUGGUUGCAAUAUAUGCGAGUGAAAUUGGAUGCUUGUUCGGAGCUCUGUCGACGCUAUGGCUGGGUGACCGUCUUGGCCGUCGCAAAACGAUCGUUCUGGGCGGCAUUAUUAUGAUCAUCGGCGCUAUUUUGCAGACAACGUCCUUCAGUUAUGCGCAACUGGUUGUUGCACGUAUUAUAACAGGUUUAGGGAACGGAUUGAAUACCUCAACUGUUCCGACCUAUCACGCAGAAUGCUCUCCGGCCUCGAGCCGGGGAAGCUUCAUCAUGUUAGAAGGCAGUUUGAUCACAUUUGGUAUCAUGGUUUCCUACUGGAUAGAUUUCGCAUUGUUCUGGGCCAAAGGCUCUUCUGCGCAAUGGAGAGUUCCUAUUGCUUUGCAGAUCAUCUUUGCAAUCAUCCUCAUUGUUGGAAUCUUCUUCCUUCCGGAGUCACCUAGAUGGCUCGCCAGAGAAGGUCGCGAGACUGAAUCUCUCGCCGUUAUCUGUGCCCUAGAAAACAAGCCAUACGACGACCCCUCCGUUCAGCGCACGUUCCUCGGCAUCCGAGAGGCAAUCGCCGUCGAGUCCCGUAACAACACCGAUAAGUCCGCGCUACGUGAGAUCUUCACAGGUGGUCCCAGCCAAAACUUCAGGCGUACGGCCUUGGGCGUCAUCAUUCAGUGUUUCCAGCAGAUCACUGGUAUCAACAUUAUCACAUACUACGCUACUCUUCUCUUUGAGCGUCUCGGUAUCGACGACGUUAAGUCGCGCAUCAUCGCUGCGUGCAAUGGUACCGAAUACUUCCUCGCGAGUCUCGUCGCCAUCGCGCUCAUCGACCGCGUCGGCCGGCGGAGGCUCAUGCUCUUCGGCUCGGUCGGGCAGACGCUGACGAUGGUUCUCCUCGCGGUGCUCGGUAGCGUGGACACGCCCGCGGCGCAGAUCGUCUCGGCCGUCCUGCUGUUCGUCUUCAACUCGUUCUUCGCAGUUGGCUGGCUGGGUAUGACCUGGCUCUACCCCGCUGAGAUCGUCGGCCUGCGCAUCCGCGCCCCGGCAAACGCGUUCUCGACCGCGAGCAACUGGAUAUUCAACUUCAUGGUCGUCAUGGUCACCGGCCCGUCCUUCAACAACAUUAGCUGGCGCACGUACAUCGUGUUCGCCGCGCUAAACGCGUUCAUCAUCCCAGUUGUGUACCUGUUCUUCCCUGAGACUGCCGGGAGGUCCCUUGAAGACAUGGACGUCAUCUUUGCCCUGGCAUACAGGGAGGGCGUCUCCCCUGUUGGUGUCUCGCUCAGAAAAGACCUCCCUAGCGCAGGAACACCCGAAGCUGACGAGAUCCUCGGCGUCACGUUGCCUGCCAAGGGCCAGGGUCCUCACAACGAGAGAGAGAAGGAGGAUAUUUAAUGGCGCCUUCGUGCUGCCCAGCGCACGUUACCUGUACCUCGACGAAGAU